AUGAUGAAGCUGCUUCUUUCUCUGACUCUCAUCUGGGCGCUCUCCAGCACAGGUGAAGCACUUGUGUGUGAAACUUGUACGAAUGUUACCUGUUCAACCAAAGUACCAGUUACAUGUCUCACAGAAACUAUGUGUAUCACAGCUUCCAUUCAAGCCGUUUCAUCUGGGACUCCUGGACAGCAAAUCUACAAGGCCUGUGCCCCCCCCUCCCUGUGUCCAGCCACUGGCUCUUCUACAUUUUCAGUGAACUUGGGUGUUUCCAGUGCACUUGCAAGUGCAACAUGCUGCGACACAGACAGCUGCAACUCCAACACUCUGCCUUUCCCUGUGGUUCCAGCAGAUAACAGUCUACAGUGUCACGUUUGUAACCCCGUCACCUCUGAUUGCAGCCUUCCACUACAAUGUAAGGGAACAGAGGAUCGCUGCUUUCAAGCCAGUGUGACAAAUACGGGCGGCACUUCUCCAGCUUUUGGCUGUGCAUCUACAAAUCUGUGUGCAGCUGCUGCCAGCCUGGGGUCACUGCCUUUCAUGCAAGAUGUUGGUACCAUUACCAGUGGACCAGCCUGUUGUGGGACUAGUUUGUGUAACACUCUCACUACAACAACUACAACGACCACUGCCAGUGAUGCCUGUUGUGUCAGAAUGGGAAUGCUGCAUCUGCUGAUUGGACUCCUCAUCUUCAUCCUAUUUUAGAUUUCAGAACAAAAAUGGAUGAACCUUUGAAUCCACUUGAAGGACUCUGAGAGAACCUUCUCUGGUCUUUGGUGUACUUGCUGCCAUCUUUGAUUGGUAGUCACACAGAUUAUAAAAUACAUAUUUAGUCAAAAGGUGAUAGGGACUGGGUGAAGUUAAA